CUCUGGCUGGAGGCACCACCAUGAUCAUUGAUUUUGCCAUACCUCAGAAAGGCUGCUCCCUUAUUGAGGCUUUUGACAUGUGGAGAAGCUGGGCAGAUCCCAAAGUCUGCUGUGACUAUGCACUUCAUGUUGCAGUUACAUGGUGGAGUGACCAGGUCAAAGAAGAAAUGAGAACUCUAACACAAAAUAAGGGUGUUAACUCUUUCAAGAUGUUUAUGGCCUAUAAAGACCUGUACAUGAUUAGAGAUCAAGAGAUGUAUGCAGCUUUUUCUCAGUGCAAGGAAAUUGGAGCGAUUGCUCAAGUCCAUGCUGAGAAUGGAGACUUGAUUGCUGAGGAGUCAAAGAAAAUGUUGGCCCUGGGGAUAACAGGUCCUGAGGGCCAUGAGAUGUGUCGUCCAGAAGCCGUAGAAGCAGAAGCCACUCUGAGAGCCAUCACCAUAGCUAAUGCUGUGAACUGCCCACUCUAUAUUGUCCAUGUGAUGAGCAAGUCCUCAGCUAAGGUGAUAGCUAAUGCAAGGAGAGAAGGAAAGGUGGUCUUUGGGGAGCCGAUUGCUGCUAGUCUUGGAACGGAUGGGACUCACUAUUGGCAUGAAGAAUGGCAUCAUGCUGCCCACCAUGUCAUGGGACCCCCGCUAAGACCAGAUCCUUCAACUCCUGAUUUCCUUAUGAAUCUACUGGCUAAUAACGAUCUCACCACCACCGGGACAGACCACUGCACUUUCAACACCUGCCAGAAAGCCCUUGGGAAGGAUGAUUUUACCAAGAUCCCUAAUGGGAUCAAUGGAGUUGAGGAUCGAAUGUCAGUCCUAUGGGAAAAGGGUGUGUAUAGUGGCAAAAUGGAUGAAAACCGAUUUGUUGCUGUUACCAGCACUAAUGCCGCUAAAAUCUUUAAUCUUUACCCAAAGAAAGGAAUAAUUGCUGUUGGAUCUGAUGCUGACAUUGUUAUUUUGGACCCAAACGCAACAAGGACUAUUUCUGCAAAAACUCAUCAUCAAGCUGUUAAUUUCAAUAUAUUUGAGGGAAUGGUCUGUCAUGGGGUACCCAUCGUGACUAUUUCAAGAGGCAAAGUGGUAUAUGAAGCUGGAGUUUUUAAUGUCAAUGCAGGAGAUGGAAAAUUUAUUCCUCGGAAACCAUUUGCCGAAUAUGUUUACAAACGAAUCAAACAGAGAGAUCGGACUUGCAAGCCUACCGCCGUGAAGCGACUCCCUUACAAAGGGGAAGUGAUUGUGUUGAAGGCCAACGGAAAAAAAGAAGUUUCAGCAUCUGCAACCAGGAAAUAGGGACAUCGCCAAGGCUUUGCUUUAGCACUCUCAGGUAAAAAAAGCCAAAGGAAAAGGACCCAGAACUCUGUCCCUCCAGCUCAGUCAGAUGCCAUGCACGGUUUUAUCGAAAAGCACACCUGAUAUCACCACCCAAGGAUAAUUGUGAUGAAAAUUGUUUUCUCUCAGAAGUGAAAUCUGCCCUAUUGCAGGAAUUUUACACAAAAUCAAAUUAUAGGUAUAAAUGAAGAUGAUGAUUUUGGAAAUCUGUAUGAAAACUAACCAGGAAUCAUUUAGAAUAGUGUCAUUACUUGUCUUGAUUUUAUGAAUAGAAGUUAUAUCAUAUUCAGGAUAUAUCUGCCAUUAAAAACGUGCAAUUCUCUCUGUUUAUUGUAAUUAAUAAAAUUUUGUAGAUCCUCAUAAGCUGUUCAAAGCAUCAUCUAUCUGUAACAAGUUACAUUUUUUCCCCUGAUACUAGUGGGGCUAGAAUUCAGCAGCAUGAUCUCUCGAAUGUAGACUACUUUCUCCACAAUUAUAAAAUAAAUUUUCCUAUACUUUC